AUGAAAACACAUAAACUUCUAGUUCUUGGAAUGGAAGGUGUAGGAAAGACCGAACUUACUAUUCAGGAUAGUGUCCAAGUUCCAAUAAUAAUAGUGGGUAACGGAUGUGAAAAAACUACAGAACGUGAAGUUUCUCUUGAAGAAGGUGAAGAUCUAGCUAAAAAACUUAAUUGUGAGUUUUUCGAAACUUCUUCAAAACAAAGUAUAAAUGUCUGUAGAGCUUUUUAUAGUUUAGUUAGAAUGAUUAGACAAGUGGAUGGCGUUUGUAAAAAAACUAGAAAGAAAAGAAGGACAUUUAGAUACCUUUUUAGGAAGGUUUUUUGGUUAAUGAGUGAUUUGGUAUACUUUUCUGAUAAGUAG